UUACCAGCCGAAGACUACAACAAUCGUCCAUAAAAAUGCCGUACGCUAACCAACCUUCUGUAACCAUAUCGGAACUUACUGAUGAAAAUGUGAAAUUCAUCGUGGAAGACACUGAAUUAAGUGUCGCAAACAGUUUACGACGAGUUUUUAUCGCAGAAACCCCAACGUUAGCAAUUGAUUGGGUUCAAUUAGAAUCUAACACCACCGUUCUAGCUGAUGAAUUCUUGGCACAUCGUGUUGGCUUAAUACCUCUCAUUUCAGAUGAAGUAGUAGACCGUAUGCAGUACAGUCGAGAUUGUCCCUGUUUAGAUUUUUGCAGUGAGUGUAGUGUCGAAUUCACCCUUGAUGUUAAAUGCAAUGAAGAACAUACUCGCCAUGUUACAACGGCUGACCUAAAAUCUAGCGAUCCUCGUGUAUUACCGGUAACAUCCAGGCAUAGAGACGAUGAAGAAAAUGAAUACGGCGAGGGGACGGAUGAAAUCUUAAUAAUCAAAUUGCGAAAAGGACAAGAAUUGAAACUGAAAGCAUAUGCAAAAAAAGGGUUUGGAAAAGAACAUGCCAAAUGGAACCCUACAUGUGGGGUUAGCUUCGAAUACGAUCCUGAUAACGCUAUGAGGCAUACACUUUAUCCUAAACCAGAUGAAUGGCCAAAAUCUGAGCAUACCGAGUUGGAUGAUGACAAGUACGAAGCAGACUAUAAUUGGGAAUUGAAACCAAAUAAAUUCUUUUUCAAUGUUGAAUCUUCUGGGGCCCUUAAACCAGAGAACAUCGUACUGAUGGGAGUCCAAGUGCUUAAAAACAAACUCUCUAAUUUGCAGACUCAAUUAAGUCACGAAACGGAUGUGCUUGCUAUCUAA